AUGAUGAUUCGCCUUUCUUUCUUUUAGACUUUCCCUUUGAAUUGCUCAACCCAUCUCCUCACAUUUCCCUCGUCUCAAGCUCCCCUCGGUCCGAGUUGCUUAUGAUCGUUCACUCAUCUUCGGAGAGUAACUUUUGGCGUAUCCUUCUGUGUGAGAGGAAUUUGAUUCUUUUCCUUCUCGAUAAUAUCAUCAAAGCGAAAUUCUAUGGCGGGUGCCUCCGGUCUAGUCGACCCGUUGGUGGGGGAUUUCCUCGUGGAAAAACAAAUUUUCUGGUCGUCGAAUGCAUUUUUGCCAGAAUCGGAACCUCAGCAUGUGCGGUCGCAACAAACCGGAUCUCUCGCCUCAGUUAAUGCAUUCGGAACUGGGAUUCCCUUCUAUCAUGAUUACGCUCAAAAUCCGUUACAGAUCCCUCGGAGUCUUUCUUGCGGGGGGGCUGUAACCUUUGGUCAUCAAACGGUGGGGAAACCUGAAUUAUUUACUCAUGUGGCUCUAUUAACCGACCAACAGGACUUUCUCGGUCUCGCCAGCAUUGAUCGUGGUCGAGAUUAUUCGACACAGUCGGCCCCUGCAAACGUCCCAAUGUCGAGGGAUGCCUCGACCUCCUCUGCCGUAGACUGCGAUUUGGACAUUUAUAAUGCUGCUCCAGCACCAGCUUUCCUUGACUCUACGGUUGCAGACUCUUUCCAUUCAUCUUCAAUAGGGGCACAGCCUACUGAGGCAUACACCUUUCGACCUUCGGGCGCUCACCCUGGGAACAUUACGUUUCGGAGCUCACUCCCUUCUGUCACCGAGGUUGACGCUCAGGUCUAUGAUCCCUCUGAGUACGUUGCCCGAUUUGCCUCUGAAAUUGACAAUGCGUCAAUUUCACAAGCUAUGGUCACUCAUGAAAGUAUCAACAACCAACUUCCACCAACAUUAAUCUCAAGUAUCGCGACUAGCGGACAAUCUGAUGAUAGCGACGCAUGCAACAUGAGCCGCCAGUACAGUGCUGCCGGCAGUGUAUUCUGUGAGGGCUUCGACAUGCUAAGAGUUCAUUCGAAUUUAUCGGAAUUUGGCUCCAGUCAAAACCAAGCACCUCUUGGUGUGAGCCAGCCACCAAAUGCUAUUGGUGCAGAGGUUGUUUGCGUUCAAAAUGAAUCUCCUGGUUUCGUUGCUUCUGCUUAUCCUUUUAAUGGUGGUCAGGUGCUCACUCAGUCUGUCCCCGGCUCUGCAGGUUUUGACUCUGGAGUUAUACCGACACCUUCAUCAACGAACCCGUCAGAGGGUACGCAUAAGGAAACAAGGCAGACGACAAAGCGCUCCAAGCAUAGGCGACAAGGCCGGUUAGCUCAACAUACUCGGCCGAUCAGGCCGAAGCCAUCCAGCGAAUCGCUCACCUCUAUCCAAGCUCCGACGGCUAACAUGAUUCGGCUCCGAUCAGUAGACGACUCUUCUGAGGAAAGGCUUGUCGCAAUGAUCCCAAAGACCGUCUACAUACGCCCUUCCCAUCCUCGAGUAAAAUGCAAUCAGUGUGACGAUCACCCUGAUGGCUUUCGCGGAGAACAUGAGCUUCGCAGACACGUCGACCGUUGUCACCGCGCAACUCGAAAGGUCUGGGUUACAGUUGACAUCUCCAAGAAUAAGAAAUUUCUCGCACAUUGCAAAGCCUGUCGCACCGGGAAAAAGUAUGGCGCUUACUACAAUGCCGCCGCUCAUCUCCGUCGCGCCCACUUUAACCCGCGAAAACGAAAUGGCAAUGGUAAAGUUAAGGAAAACGAAAGACGGGGUGGAAAGGGAGGUGGCGACUAUCCGCCCAUGGAUGUCCUGAAAAAAUGGAUGAAAGAAGUGGAAGAACAUGUCAAGGAACCAGGUGACUGGAUGUUUGACGACAAUUGCGAAGAAGAUAUUCAUGCCGCUGAUGAUGACUUUCUUGAUGGUUCGUACAAUCCUCCAACACCACCAGCUACGUUGCCAGUUAAUGGCACCAUCUCGGCUUAUAACGACAAAGUCAGUUUUACUUCGGGUACACUUGCUGGCGGCUUGAGCCAAAAUUAUCCUUCGUCAUCCAAGUAUAAGCCCGAAGAUCCCCCUUCUGUCUCUCUUCAGCCGCCACAAUUUCUUGAUACGGGGGCGGUAUCGGCAGCAGGGCAACUAUUCGAUUCUAAUCAUAUUGCAGCUUAUGAUACAUUUGAUCCUUCUCUGAGUUUUUGCGUGAAUGAACAAGGUUCAUUCUUAGAUGCUUCUUCGUUUUGCAAUUCUGCUCAGUUCGAUGCACAGCAGCAAUAUGAUGCUGUGCUCAACCCAAGUUUUCAUUCAAUUGGAGCGCAGCAGUAACUUCUGUUGUGGUCAUUUUGCUCUUUUUACUUUUGUUUCUAUUUCACUGGUUCAUAUUUUGGACAGCUUUUGUCUUUUUUUUUCCUAUUGCUUCGUCUUUUUCUCCCCUCCAUU